UUAAAGCGCAUUUGACUGCAAUCUAAACCAUGAGGGUGCUGUUCGGGUUAUCUUUCCUGGUUUUGAACUUUAUUCAUCGAACCGUGUUGGCUCAGGGCGCCGACGGCUUACCGAUAUCGAUACCCGACCUUACUGGUGGAAGUCGUUCCGUUGGGAUGCAGAGUCAAUCAGUUCGUGAGCCCGAUGUGCCUGCGGAUUUGGGACAACCGGGUAACGACGCAAUCAUCCAAACCAAUCAGGCACAGUUAUAUGGCAGUCGGCCAGAGAUCCUGACGUAUUCUGGCGCUUCUGGAAGAAGAGUUUGCUCACCUGGAAGAUGUUGGUUUGUUUGAUCUGUUUAAACAAGCUUUCGUUUGAUGUUUUUGCUUUUUAUCCGCGGGUUUUCCCCGUAGGGCAAUGUACCCCAUGGUUUCCCUGCUUUG